GAAUUUGAUUUUAAAUUGCUCCCUUUUUGUUCUCCAUUAAAUAAGCAAGCGGCCUGACAAGAAGUGGAGGAAACUACAAUGAUGUUUCACAUAUUAUUGAGUAAACUAUUCAGUACUUCAACUAUUUAUAUCAUGGAUUUUGUAGUCACUUAAUAUUGCAUCUCUCUCUCUCUCUCUCAAAGAAGGAAGUUGUUUCUCAUCUUUUUCUUCGUCUUGAUCAUAAGAUAGAACGUGCAUAUACCAUGUUGAUAAGUCUGCAGCAAACAUCUACAAAAUAUGUGAAUUCCUCAUCUCAACGCAAAAGAAGGCAACGGACCAACACAGUGCUACACGAAGCUGCAUUAAAGGGCGAUUGGAAUGCCGUUGAAGAGCUUUUGACCAAAAACAAAGACUUGGCCAAAACCGCCAUAACAGAAGGAGGUGAAAUCAUACUGCACAUAGCAGCACUCGAAGGGCAUAAAAAAUUCGUGUCAAAAUUAUUGGAAAUUAUCGAAAUAGAUGACAUGGCAGCUCAGAACGCGAAAGGAUGCACUGCACUAUGCUUUGCAGCUGCAGCUGGUCACACUAAAAUUGCUGAGAUUAUGUUAAAAAAGCACCCAAAAUUGGCCAAUAUUAAGGGUGAAGAUGGAGUUUGGCCACUCUAUAUGGCUGCAUUGCAAGGAUUUGGAGAAAUGGCUGACUUUCUCUACCAUGAGUCAAAAAUCGGAUCGUGGACCCCACUAGAUAAAAUUAAUUUGUUGACGACAGCAAUCGACUCCGAAUUGUUUGAUCUGGCUAUAAAGAUUUUGGACGAAGAUAAUACGUUGGCCAUAGCAGAAGAUAGCAAUGGCGAGACACCAUUGCAAGUGCUUGCCAGGAAGCCAUUGACAUUUUCUCAUAACAAUGGCCAAGGAUUCUGGACCAAGAUUGUACAAUCCUACACGAAGAAGUCAAAGAAUGCAAAGUGUGAUGCCUAUACGUUAAUGGAUCGUUUGUGGGAUGCUGCUGAAUCAUGUAAAGAAGACAUUGAAUCAUGUGAAGAAGACAUAAAAGCAACUAUAGAUUCUUCCAAGUUAUUUUUUAUAGCGGCAGAAUCGGGAAACGAUGACUUCUUGGCCGAAUUAUUUCAAAACGACCAUAACUUACUAUACAAAGUAAAUAAGUCGUCACAUAGCAUAUUCCACGUUGCGGUUUUGCAUCGCUAUCCCAAAGUGUUCAACUUGAUGUAUGAGUUGGGUGGUACCAAAGAUUUGAUAGCAUCAUACAUAGAUAACGAUGGUAACAACAUUUUGCAUUUGGCGGGAAGAUUGGCUCCUCAAAAUCAACUUGAUAGCAUCCCCGGUGCCGCUAUGCAAAUGCAACGAGAAGUAUUGUGGUUCAAGGUCGUUGAGAAGCUUGUUCGGCCGGCGUUCAAAAACAAGAAAAACUCCGAAGGGAAAACGCCUCACGAAUUAUUCACAUCUGAGCACAAAGAGCUAAGGAAAAAAGCAGAGGAAUUCAUGAAGCAAACCGCAAAAUCGUGCAUGCUCGUGACGAUGCUUGUCGCCACCGUUGUGUUCACGACGGCAUUCACCGUCCCCGGCAACAAUAGGAUACUCACGGUCUUUUCGACUUCAGAAGUGGUUGUGAUGUUCUCAUUGCUCACCUCGAUGCUCAUGUUCUUGUCAUUACUCACGUCUCGUUACUCGGACGAGGACUUCCUCAAAAAGCUGCCACUUUGUCUGGCGGUUGGCUUGUCAUCGCUCUUCGUCUCGAUUUUGGCGAUGGAUGUCGCCUACAUAAAUGCUACAUGA